GAACUGAUUUGCGUCACUGUUAGUGUUCGUCACUGAGAAAGCUGUUCAGCUUGGAAAUCAUAGCAAUGCGAACUAAAAACUAAAAUAAGAAAAACAAACGAAAAAUUGAAAAACAAAAGAAAAACAAGGAAAGUGAAAACCGCACUGGAGACUCGGCCCGUUAUCCGACCUUGAACCUCGCCUGCAAGGGAUAGGUUCACCGAGUGUGUUGCCCAGCUGACCGGUUUCACUUUUUAUGUCGAACGGGAAUCCAAAGUAAAAAAAGCGCGGGAUCCAGAGUAAAAAAAAAAGUUGUCUUGUGACGUCACUUGGGGUUGGGGUAUAAAUAGGAGGCGUUUCGGGAUGUUGGCCAUUCAGGAUUCUACCGCGGGACAAAAUGAAUGCCAAGGUCGCGCUUCUGCUCUCCCUGCUGGCUGUGGCUGCCACUGACACCCAGCCUGCUUACUCCUACGACGCCCCCUCGUCGGAGGAAUCGGCGGAGGCCAAGUACGACUUCCAGUGGGCCGUGAAGGACGACUACUCCGGCAACGACUUCGGCCACCAGGAGUCCCGCGACGGCGACGACACCCAGGGCUCGUACUACGUGCAGCUCCCCGACGGCCGCCUGCAGAAGGUCACCUACUACGUGGACGGCGACUCCGGCUACGUGGCCGAGGUCAGCUACGAGGGCGAGGCUCGCUAUGACUCCGUCGAGUCCCGCGAGGACGUCUACGCCCCACCCAGGCCCGUGUACGGCUGAGGACGCUGCUCUCCCUUCUCGCUCCCUGAAGGACGCUGCUCUCCCUUCUCGCUCUCCCUGAAGGACGCUGCUCCUCCUUCUCACUCAUUCAAAGGACGCUGAUCCUUCUUGCUCUCUCUAAAUGCAUCUCCUUCUCGCUCUCCAAGGGAUGCAGUUUCUUCAUUUCACGCGCCAUCGUCUUCGAGGCGGAUGCUGCUCGUCCAUCUCUGUCCGGAGAGGAUGCUGCUAGUCAUGAUCUCUUGGGUUUUACGAACUGAUUACAAAACCUGUUGUGUAAGAUAGAUGCUGUUGUCUGCGUGAUGGCAUCAUCCUCACAUUAGUAUGAUAAUAUGUGCAAUAAAAUAUAUUUUUGCAA